CACUCCUGCUGGUGGAGCUGUUUCCCCGCCAGCACAGUCAGAGCAGCAGCCGGUGAGCAGACAUGCUGAACCGCCAGGACCCAGCCUAGCUUCCCCCUGAGCCUCCGGAGCCGCACUAAGUUAUGACCGGGGACACUUCUGAAACCGAAGCGGUCUUUGACAACUGAGAGGCGGACAUUUAGAGAAAGCACAACACCAGCUUGAAGAGAAACGUUCCAGUCGUUUCCAUUCAGUCCGCCGGUGUGACAGACUGCGUGUGGGAAUGGCAGCCCUUCGGCCGAUAAAAGGCAUCCUGAAAAACAAGAACAGCGUCACAGGCGUCAAGUGUCUGCCCGACGAGUUGCCGCCGGAGGAUCCCGAACAAGCCCCUGGACUCUCGGAGGACGACCCGCAGAAGAAAUCGCAGAAAUGGGAUGAGAUGAACAUCCUGGCCACGUACCAUCCAGCCGACAAAGACUACGGCCUGAUGAAGAUAGACGAACCCAGCACACCUUACAACAGGAUGGUGGGGGAAGACGAAGAUGAGGGCGCACUGAGUGACUCGGAAAGCCACGCUGGACUUGCAGCCGAUGACCUGGCAUCAAAGCUUGUUGCAGCAGAGGGUUCAGACCAUCGCUUCAUGAACAAAGAGGAAGAGAGCAGUGAGGAGGAGGAGGAAGAGGAGGAAGAGGAGCUGUCUCCUGAAGAACAAGCCAAAAAGAACAAUUUUCAGAUGAUGAGGAAGAUGCACUACAAUGAGGGCUUAAACAUCAAGCUGGCCAGACAGCUCAUCGCCAGCGAACUAGAAGAGGACGAGGAUGCAGACGAGGAAAUGAGGGACGACACAGAAGAGGCAAGGGAGGAGGAGGAGGAGAUCAGUGUCGACCCGCCACAGGAAGCUGAUUCUCUGGACUCGUAGACGAGGCCUCUCUCCCACCUUUACCCUGUGUGUCAGCUCUAGAUCCAGACGGACGAUGCUACUGCGCUCUGUGUUCUCAGCGCUGGGCCACAGAGCACACAGCGCUUCAGCACCCAUACAACGCCUCUCAACAGCCAAUAACCUCACAGUCACCUGUCAGUCUCUACUAUUCCAUAGAACUGUGCAAUUUGAGCUACAAGCACACACUGUUUUUUUAACCUUCCAGAAUCAGUACAAACACGCACGUGAAGACUGUUGGCCCCGUCUUCUCACUCUCCUGCUGCCAAGAAUUUUUUCUGGCCACCUUGUCUGGACUGAGGAAUAUGUGAUUCUGAUCCUGACAGGAGGUUGAAGGCCUUUUCAAAAAGAAAAAAGAAAAAUGAAGGAAAGAAAAAUAAACAGUCUGAAAACCAGAACUGUCCUCUGGCCACUUCAGUCCCUCUGCAGGCUGCGGAGCCACUAUACCAGUCUUGGAGCUCGCUAGGGGAAAUCCCACAGCCUCACGGAAGACAUUUCUGAGACAUGACGAAAGCGCAUGUGCCUGGUGCGCUCUUAAUUUUGUUUUGCUGUGUGACCCACCACUCUGCUGCAGUUUUCCACCUUCAGUUCUUCUCAUGAUAAAAGUUGGACAAAAUUAAGAUCAGUUUAGUUGUUUGUCUUUCUCCUUUUUUACCCCUGUUCACAUCCUGAUAUAUGGUUAGAAUGCUGUGCCAUCAGAAUAGGAUUAUUUCACUUUACAUGACAUUUAUUUACGUGUUAUGAUGACACAAUAAUUUAGCAUCUGUUAUAUUAGUUUCUCAGUAGAUGACAACAUAGCCUACACAUUCUGUAAUUCAUUAAAAAAGAACACUGUUAACUAAUACGUAUGUUAGUGUCUGUGCUUCUCACAGUAAAAAGGCUUUUCCCCCCCAAACAUCAAGUUAAAACCACUUAGAUUUAAAUACUACAUUCAUUGGCACUUUCCCUUAGUGCUUUUUAUUUACAAGCAAGAGCAGGACACCAAACCUCAUUUCAAAUUCUGUCAAUUUUACAAACAUGCACACCUCAUAGGACCAGAUCCCAGGCCUUUACUCAAUUGAACCCACUUAUAUAUUUGGCAUAUACGUUUUCUAAAGAGGCACAGUUUUUCUUUUGAGUAGAAACUCGACGUUUAAAUUUUCAUUUCAUCCUUUUUCUCCUGUCCAUGAGUAAUUUGGUGAAAGAUGAUUGCAGGACGUGUUGGUAAAAUAAAAGUUUUUCCUGGUAGAGAUGUCAGCAUUGAAGGCAUUUUAGGUUCAUAGGAGUGGACCGUAGUGAAGUCCCUCACUUGAGGUUCAACACAUGCUACUGAUAAACUGGACAGUGUCCUGUCGGAAAUGGCUUCUGUCUUUUAACAAGUUAAAGCUUUAAGAACAAGGCUCUUAUGUAGAUCUGACAUGGAACAAACCAUUGCUCACUGUUACCUUGCUUGGAGAAGUUGUGCGUUUUCAUCUUGUGAGCUUCAUUUUACAGGAUCUGUGAGUAAGUUAUUUAUGAGACAGGGACAAUACAAUAGUUUGGGUUUAGUUUCUCACCGGUCUUAUAUGACAUGAUGCUUAAUUUAAUGUCUGAUCUACUUGUUAGUGUCUGCAAGUUUGUACUGUCAAAGAAAGUUUCUUUAUUGAUGCUACUGAUUUUAAUUAAAGAGGAUUUUGGUGGGUUAGUUCAACCACUAGAGGGGGCGUUUCUACGAUUUUUUUUUUUAUGUUCAAGGUUCUUACAAGUGUCAAGGAAGUUGCUGUCAAGUCUUAAAAUAAAAAAUCAAUUUAUUGUGUUUCAAACCUAAACAUUGCAUUUUAAAAUAGUUGUGGACUAAGUUUGUUGAGAAUUACUCACAAUUCACACCGUGUGACUUCACGCCCAGAGACAAACGUGUGACAUGAAAUGUAUCAGAGUGCAUCUUGUGUUGUGAUUUCUUAAAUUUUCCUCUGACCCUUUAAUUCUUCAUUGUGAGCGGAAGUGUUAAGAUUUAGCAUUUUACAAAUACAACAAACAGUAAGACAACUGCAAAGGUCCGUUUGCAGUGUUUUUUCUUUCUUGUAUAGUAUGUGGUGGCAUUUUUUUUUUUUUUUAUCACUAUGAUUGACGUGAAAGAAAAUACUUUUAUUUACUUUAUAUCCACAGACCAACAAGAACCCUCGAUUCUAGUUAGUGGACAAAACAUCCAUGAUGACACGAUUGUUGUAGAAAAACAGGAAUAUGAUGUUGAAUAACAGAUUUCGACAUCGUUGUUGUUGUCUUCGUAAACGGAUAGAAAGGUUAAUUGAGGAGAGGCUGAGGUGAUAGAUUUAUCUUCUCUUUGGAGACAAAAAGGACAUGACUGUCCGAAACAUGACUGAUGUGAUCACCGCCGUAGGUGUUAUAACCUGUCAAAUGUGCCUCUUAUGCAUUUAUGUACAUGUGUGUAAAAUGAGCCGGCUAUGCUCCAUGUCUUCUGUCCAGUCUCACGCUUAGUUUUUUUUGCACCGUUUUCCCCUUGUUCGGUUUGUUUUCCAAGAACGACAGACUGUUAAGCAGUCCCAUCAUUGCACUGUGUCUGUCCCCAAGAUGUGGAUAUUUAAUCCAGGUUUUUGUUUGCAUUUCCCGUCUGCAUGUUCUUAAUCAUCAGAUCGUGUGCAUUCUGUUUCUGUUUCGUCUAUUAUUAAACAGAUGUUGUUAGGAA